GAUGUCGAGGAACGCGCACGCCUUGUUGGUUGCGGUGCUGGUGGCGGCAGCGGCGAGCUUGCCCUGCGGCUGCCUCGCGCAAUGCACGGCCUCACAGACUACCGCCUCUGGCACCAAGGCGCCCGUCACCAUCUGCAGCGGCGACAUGAUCUUCGCCGACGACUUUGAGGACUUCGACCUGAGCGUGUGGCAGCACGAGAUCACCAUGUCCGGCGGAGGGAACUGGGAGUUCCAGAUCUACGUGAACAACCGAUCCAACAGCUUCGCCAGGGACGGCUACCUCAACAUCCGGCCCACGCUGACCUCUGACCAGUACGGAGAGGCCUUCCUGUCCAGCGGCACCAUAGACCUCAACGGCGGGUCGCCUGCCGAUGAGUGCACCAACCCUUCGUUCUACGGCUGCUCGCGCACCGGCACUGCUACCAACAUCCUGAACCCGGUGACGUCGGCGCGCUUGCGCACCGUCAACUCCUUCAGCUUCCGCUAUGGCCGCGUCGAGGUGCGCGCCAAGUUGCCCGCCGGUGACUGGCUCUGGCCCGCCAUCUGGCUGCUGCCACGCAACAACAAAUACGGCGGGUGGCCGGCGUCGGGCGAGAUCGACCUGAUGGAGUCUCGCGGCAACCUGGGGCUGACGGUGAACAACGUCAACAUCGGCGCCGAGCAGGUCUCCUCGACGCUGCACUUUGGCCCCUACUACCCCGUAGACGCCUACCAGGCGGCCAGCUUUUCGCAGAACAGCGCCGCCGGCCAGGGCUACGACAAGGACUUCCACUCCUACCAGCUCGAGUGGACGCCAGACUACAUAAAGUUCAGCAUUGAUGGUACCGAGAUAGGAACGGUUACUCCUACGGAUGAAGGUUUCUGGGCCUAUGGAGGAUUUAAUACAAAUGUACCAACGGCUGAAAACCCAUGGAGAUACGCUACUAAAAUGGCUCCUUUCGAUCAAGAGUACUACAUCAUCAUUAACCUGGCUGUUGGAGGAACAAAUGGGUACUUCCCUGACAAUGCACAGAACACUGGAGGAAACAAGCCAUGGAUCAAUUCGUCACCCACGGCCUUUGCGGACUUCUGGAAUGGGCGUAACUCGUGGCUGUCCACGUGGAACCGUGAUGAGGGAGGCUCCUCUUCCCUCCAGGUUGAUUACGUCAGAGUCUGGGCUCUCUAGAAAUAUUGAGUGGAAAACUCACACAACACAAUCAGUGUUACUGAUUCCGGCUUUGCUAGGCGCUCUGAAGGAUUCAUUAUGCAGCAAUACUAUCAAUUUUUUUUUCAGGUUUUCAGGAAUCAAGUACAAUGUAUUAACUAGCAAUAACUCUUUCUAAUACUAUCUGUACACUGACUAUUGCCAAUAAAGGUUUUUAAA